GUUGUCUGUUAUCGGCAGUCGAACAGCUGACUGGCGGCAUCUGAAUUUAUAAACAAUUUGUGAGUUUUGCAAAAUUUUCAGGAAAAAUGGAUUACGAUUUCAAAAUGAAAACGCAAAUUGAGCGUACAAAAGUGGAAGACCUCUUUAACUACGAGGGCUGUAAGGUGGGGCGUGGAACCUAUGGACACGUAUACAAGGCCAAGUGGAAGGAGACAAGCGAUGGUAAGGAGUAUGCCUUGAAGCAGAUCGACGGCACUGGUUUGUCCAUGUCCGCUUGUCGCGAAAUAGCAUUGCUGCGGGAACUGAAGCAUCAGAAUGUAAUAACGCUCAUCCGGGUGUUCCUGUCUCACAACGAUCGUAAGGUGUUUCUGUUGAUCGACUACGCGGAGCAUGAUCUUUGGCACAUUAUCAAGUUUCAUCGAGCCGCCAAGGCCACCAAAAAGCAGGUCGUUGUUCCACGGGGCAUGGUGAAAAGUCUGCUGUACCAGAUCCUGGAUGGUAUUCAUUAUCUGCACAGUAAUUGGGUGUUGCAUCGUGAUCUGAAACCUGCCAAUAUCCUGGUGAUGGGCGAUGGCAACGAGAGGGGUCGUGUUAAGAUCGCCGACAUGGGUUUCGCUCGUCUCUUUAAUGCCCCUCUGAAACCUCUAGCAGAUCUGGAUCCCGUGGUGGUCACAUUCUGGUAUCGCGCACCAGAACUGCUACUUGGAGCUCGACAUUACACCAAGGCAAUCGACAUCUGGGCUAUUGGCUGUAUUUUCGCCGAGCUACUCACUUCGGAACCUAUAUUUCACUGCCGCCAAGAGGAUAUUAAGACCAGCAACCCGUAUCAUCAUGAUCAACUAGACCGCAUUUUCAAUGUGAUGGGUUUCCCACAGGACAAGGACUGGGAGGAUAUCAAAAAGAUGCCGGAACACCAUACGCUGACCAAGGACUUUAAGCGCUCCACCUACUCCACCUGCUCGCUGGCGAAAUACAUGGAAAGGCACAAAAUCAAACCAGACAGCAAGGCCUUCCAUCUUCUGCAGAAACUGUUGCUGAUGGAUCCCAACAAACGCAUCACGUCCGAACAAGCCAUGCAGGAUCAGUACUUCCAAGAGGAGCCACUGCCCACGCAGGACGUAUUUGCCGGAUGUCCAAUACCGUAUCCCAAGCGCGAGUUCCUUACCGACGAUGACCAGGAGGAUAAGUCGGACAAUAAGCGGCAGCAGCAACAACAACAGCAGCAGCAACAACAACAACAACAGCAGCAACAGCAACAGCAAAUGAAUGCCGAGCCGAAUGCCAAGAGAGUAAGAUUGUCUGGAGCUGGUAACCAGCAAGACUUCCACCACCAACAGCAGCAGGCCCAGCAGCAGCAACAACAGCAGCAGCAGCAACAGAUGAUGUUCAAUCAGCAGCAGAACUUCCAGCAGCGCUUCAACUGAGAGACUGAUAAAUGCAGCAUUUUUUCUUCUACUACUUCUCCCUAGCUUUCUAAGUAUUUAGGACUUUAGCACAUAAGAAAUACAACCAAGUAAAGUGUAUCAUACAGAA